AUGGAACUAACUGGAUCAACUCUGACAGCAAUGUAUGCUCGGCCAAAGACCAGCCACUUCCUCCCUGCCAUCUCCACCAUGGCAUCCAGCUAUCGCAACCCUCAGCAAGCCCUGGGGAUGAAUCCUGGUGCCAAUAUGUGGAGAACUAGCAACUAUUACAAAAGCAGCAGCAGUCUACCAUUGACUUCUCCCAUACAGCGAGAAGAUUUUGAUUUGGUUCGAGCUAAGACCACAAUGUACCCCUCCAACAGGAGCGCUCUGACAACCCGGUAUACCCCCGACGACUGGUAUAAGUCCAACAACAACAACUACCGGGAGUCUGAGUCCUCCAGGAAAAGCGCAGAGCGGCUCAGGAAGGACACCAUUAGGUUGAUGCAGGACAGAGAGCAGCUCACUAGACGAACACAGGAAAACACCAGCAAGAACAUUGCGGAGAGGGUCAAUGACAUCGUAUUCUGGAGGUCUGAGUUGACUCAUGAGAUUGACAACAUGGUGACUGAGAUAGCAGUACUCAAUGAGGUGAAAAGGAGGCUGGAGAGAGCCUUGGCUGAGACUGAGGGGCCCUUACAGAUGUCUCAAGAGUGUUUGUACCACAGAGAGAAGAGGAUGUCCAUCGAUCUGGUGCAUGAUGAUGUAGAAAAGGACCUAAUAAAGGAAGUAGAAGUUAUAAAGUCAUGCCAGGAGAGGAUGAGGCGCCAUCUGGACAGAGCCAUCGCACAGCUGGCGGCAAACCGAGCAGCCCAGCAUGAGCUGGAAAAAGACCUGAGCGAUAAAGUGACAGCGCAGAGGAUUGACGACAAGUGUCACCAUUUGAGAAACACAUCGGAUGGGAUUGGCUAUUACAGAGGGAUUGACAGGAUAGACUAUUUAGUUUCUCUGCCGGACUCGUGGUCCAAAUUCACAGACGACAAUAUCCUGCGCUCCCAGAGCGAGCGCGCUACCUCUCACAAGCUCAGAGACGAGAUCGAAAUCCUGCUGAGCAGCACAUCCAACGAGAUGUGGAACCAAUUCAACAACGUCAACGUGGCCUUCACCAGCCGCAUCUCUGAAACGUCCGACGCAAAGAACAGCCUGCAGGCACACCUGGCUAAGACUCUGCAGGAGAUCUUCCAGACUGAGAUGCUGAUUGAUUCUUUGAAGAAAGCUUUAAGAGAUAAGGAGAGUCCUCUUAAAGUGGCCCAAACCAGGCUGGAGGAGAGGACACGAAGGCCUAAUGUAGAGCUGUGCCGAGAUAACCCCCACCACAGACUCGUGAGUGAGGUGAGAGAAAUCGAGGACACCAUCCAUAAACUUCAGGAGAGACUGAUGGAGGCAGAAAACACCCUGCAGACUCUGGUCAGGACUAAAGUCACCCUGGAGCAUGACCUGUCCAUCAAGGCCAACUCUCUGUUCCUGGACCAGGACAGGUGCAUGAGCAUGCGUAAGAGCUUUCCCAGCAUGCCCCGGCUGGUGGGCUACACCUAG